AUGUCGCAGGUCGGCGUGAUACCUCCGCCAGCGGGCGAGACUGCCCACUUCAAUGACGGAUUCUCAGAUCUUCAGGUUGCACUCAUCGUCGUGAACUCGGUCACCUACUUCUUCGCCACCGUUUUCAUGUUUUUGAGGUUCUACACGUCCGCCUUCAUCAACAAGAGGACAGAGCCUGGUGACUUUUUUGUAUUUGCUUCUUGGGCCAUAGGAGCGGCCUCUUUUGGAGAAACUAUGUCUGCAAUCCAGUACGGGUACGGACAACACCUUUGGGAUGUAACUGCAGAGCAGAUUACAGGUUACUAUGGAAAACUCAUCACAAUGAGUGUCACCUACUUUUGGUCACCAAGCCUGACCAAGCUAGCCCUCCUGACGCUCUUCUACUCUGUCAACCGGUCCAAGUGGGGGCGUAUCUGCACCUGGCUUCUGGCCAUCUCCAUCUUCGUCUACACCACCGUCUUCACCGUCCUAAUCGCGGGCCCGUGUAACCCGCUCGUGCCGGCCAACAUCAACUGCGUCAACAAUGUCGGUGCUGCCCAUGCGGCUCUGAACAUCUUGUCGGAUCUGAUCGUGAUCGUGUUACCGGUUCCCCUGAUCCACGGACUGCAGAUGCCUAUUAAGCAAAAGAUCACGGUCGGCGUGCUCAUGACUCUUGGCUCCUUCUGUGUGGUUGCUUCCAUCGUCCGUAUCGUCUAUGUUACGGCGAUCCAAAACGACGUGGACACGACAUAUGCCGAGGCCAGGGUCGGCGUGUGGUCCUCGGUCGAGGUCAAUAUCGGCAUCAUGUGCGUCAGCAUGGCACGUCUCAAGCCCUUCAUGCAACGGUACUUCCCCAAUUUCCUCUCCCUCGGCAGCUCUCACGGCAACUCCAAUUACAAGGGAGCAAGCAGCUACGGGCCCAACACGAGCGGCCGACGGCCGACUUACAAUGCAUACGAGCUCCACAGCGUGCAGCCGAGCAGCGUGGUCCCGCCCGAGAUGAUGGCUCCCGAGAUGGAGGGCAAGAUCCGGAUCAAGACCGAGUACUAUGUCUCACGGUCCACCCAGGAUCAGGAUGCAAAGAGCACCGAUGCUAUCUGGAAAGAGCCAUCUCAUGGCGAGUGGCAUUGA